AUGGCUUUAUCCCAUCAAUCGGCGAUAAAGAAUCCGCCGGCCGAGAGUCUGGCCGCUUCCUCGACCCUGGAAACGGAUGAAUCGUUGCUGGCUCAGGUUGACGCUCUUCAGAAGAGAAAUUCAUCGCAUAAACGGAUCUCGCAAGUCCGCGAGAGAGCAAGGGUGGGGUUUUUAAAAAAUUUUAGGACUGACAAUGAUAAUAAAAUAUUUACUUUCAUCCUUUAAGUCUGAAUUUUCUGCAAGGAAAUUAUGAAAAGUACUCUUGUUUGAUAAAUUUAUUUUAGGCGAUCGAUCUUUGUCUCCAAAAAUGCCGAAACACAAUUCCAGUUGAUGAAGCAAACGGGGCUCUGUUAUAUGUUAAAUGCCUGGCUUUGAUCGAGGAAACGGAGAGGAUUCUAAAUACUCAAAACCCCGGAGGGCGUCAGUCUUCGAUGUCGCAGCCAAGUCUCGCUUCUAAAGUAAAUUUAGAUCCAAAUUAAACUGUUGGUCAUCUGUUUACUGUGUUGAAAAGCUUUUUUCAGCUCUACCUCACCGAGGCGGCCCCCCAUCCCCCACCGAAAGCAGUUGAUAUUUGGUCUCAUCCAGACGUUAUUCAGCCCGCUAAAGUGGAGGAUGACUAUUACUACAGUUAUUACAAACCACGAUGGUGGGGAUUUUUGUGUUUUAACAGUGGAAAAGAGGCCAAAGGCAAGGAUCAAGAUGUUCGGGAUCUUUGGGCCACUCAAGUAAGAAAUUAAAAUUUUAAAAUCACAGUAAUCUUCGUUGAAUUCUGUAGUAAUCUCAUCGAUUUCAGGUCGAGUUCUUUUUAUCCUGUCUGGGUUUUAUAGUCGGCGUCGGGAAUACCCUCAGAUUUCCUGCCAUGAUCUAUCAACAUGGAGGUGAUUCCAAACUUUUCUCUAGUGAUAUUAAUUCCUCCAUAUUUUAGGGAUAUUUUUUGUGCCAUAUUUUGUUUUUCUGGCCAUUUUUGGCCUUCCUCUUGUAUAUAUGCAUUUGUGUAUUGGACAAUACUCGGGAUUAUCGGCUUCCGGCGCCUUCUGGAAGAUGAUGCCGAUGGCUUCUGGGAUUGGUUGGGCGUUGGUUCUGCUGGCCGUACCUGUCGCCAUCUACUACAAUAUAAUCGUGGCGUGGGGAUUGUAUUAUUUGUGGUAUUCGCUCCUCGGAUUCUUUACUGCCGACCUUCCUUGGAGCGACUGUAAAGCGGGUAUGGUUGAUUUAAUAUUAAUUUAUAUUACAUAUAUUAUAGGCAUCAUCAAAUAUCUAGUUAUACGAACUAUUUCAGAAUGGGUAACUCGCUUCAAUUGUUGUGAACUGGACGCUGGGCCGACUUGUUUCGAUAAUCCCUAUUCAAUUACAGCAGCGGAAUCGUUUUUCCAGUAAGAAUGAAGAUUCAAUUGAAGUUUUUGUAAAUCUCUUUAGCUAUCAAGUUUUGAAUCGAACGAUGAUCCGUGAUAUGUCCGUUGGGUCUGUCCAAACUCAUCUAGUUGUGGCCUUGGCCAUAGCUUGGAUCUUGGUUUUCUUGGGCGUCUUCAAAGGCAUCGGUUCCAUCGGUUGGGCGGUCACUUUAACAGCUACCGUACCCUAUCUUUUGGUGAGUGAAACCAAAGUAAUAAUUGCAAUGUAGUUGUAAACGCUUCUAUAAUACUGUCUAGUCGUCAUAUUUUAGUUAAUUAUUCUCUUAAUCCGGGGAUUGAGUCUAAAUGGUGCUUCGAAUGGGAUCAAGUUCUUUUUGACACCUGAUUUUACCAAAUUAUGGUCGAUAAGUGUAAGUUUUUGACAAAAACAUUGUUUUUUACCCGAAACUGAUAAGUUCAAUCAAAUAUUUGCUCAUUGCAGAUAUGGAAAUCAGCGGCGGAACAGGUGUUUUACUCGCUGGGAAUCGACGCCGGCCCUUUGAUUUCGAUGGCCAGCUUCUCCAGAUACCGGAAUAAUAUCUAUCGGGACGCCGUUCUUUUAGUAUUACUGUGAGUACAACUACUUUUAGAAUGUACAUCAUCUCAUAAUAACUUUUUUAGUGACACCAUAACCAGUAUUCUCUGUGGAUUGGUCAUUUUUUCCUUUGUCGGGUUCUUGGCCGCCGUCCAACACAGCGAAAUCACCGAUAUUCUGAGUGAGUCUUAGAAGUAAUUAAUUGAUGGUUGUUUACUCUAGAGCAUGACCGAUUGUAUCUGGCGUUCACCGUGUAUCCAGGGGUCACCCAAUUCCUGGAGUGGGGAGCUCUUUGGGCCGUUCUCUUCUUUUUUAUGCUCAUUAUUUCCGCUAUGGACGCUGAAUUUGCAUGGUAAGUUUAUAGUCCUAAAAUGUAUCUCAAAUGAUUUGCAAUUAUCCAAGGUCAAGUUGAAACAACAAUAAAAAACUGAAAAUCUAUUUUUCCAAAUCAGUCAUUUUUGCAUGGAUAAUAUAAAAAUUAUAAAUACGAAAUUUUCUCAUUUAGGUUGGAGAUGAUAGCCUCCUCGAUCAUGAAUCAGCUCGGAAACAAGACUAGAUUAGUGGAAACUCGGAUCUUAGUGGGACUUUGCUUUGCUUUCUUCAUCAUGGGGAUACCAUUAUGUACAAGGGUAAGGAAUUCACUGUUUAUUACUGUAAUUGAGACCCUGUUGAUGACAAUUUUCGUGUUAAGGGGGGUAUUUUUAUCUUCCAUUCGAUCGAGUCCCUCAAUGCAAAUUGGAAUUCUUUUUCCCUUUCGCUGAUCCAAAUCAUCAUCGUAUGUUACAUUUACGGGAUCAACAACUUCAUGGAUGACAUGUCCGAGAUGCUGAGAGUGGAGAAGCCGACUUUGGAGUGGUCUCCGGUUAACUGUAAAUGGUAUUUUCGCUACAAACAGCUUCAAUUUUUGUUCGGUCCCACCGGAGACUACGUUAAAUUAAGUUGGUGUGUGUUUGCGCCCUUUAUCUUGACGGUGAGUGACAGGAUUUCCUAAAAUACGUAUUAUUGCGUUUUGAUUAAAUUUAGUCGAUUUUGCAAAAUUUCUUGUAUCUUUAGACGCUGCUGAUCGCCUCGGUCUUGAGUUACGAGCGUGUCCAGUUCAACGAAUUCGACAUGUCCUGGGGCUACGAGGUGAUCGCGUGGAUCGCCAUGGUCGGCCCUCUCGUCAUUGUCCCCAUCACCAUCGGGUAUUCCAUUUAUGAGGCCAAAAAGAGGAAAAAAGUAAAAAAAAUAUUAAUUUUUGAGAUUUUAAAAUCUUCGUAUUUUAGCCACUCUCCUCGAUUAUCAGCACCAAGAAUUGGCGAAAUUCCCAGGAAAAUCAGCCAAAACAACCAAGUCACACGGCAGAUAAUGACAGCGACUAUAUGGUGAGAUUUCCGAAACAAAGAUUGAUGUUUUUUUCGAUUUGCAAAGGAAAAUUUUUUUGGGCGGGUCAAAAAGCUUUUGACAUGUUUUUGCACUGUGCGGGCGCACGCAUUCGGCGUUGCGACGAGGUGUCGCGCGAUAAAAGUUUUGCGGGGUGCGAAAAAAGAGUGCACUGUGCUUUCGAUUGCCCUUUCUAAACCAAUUUUUUUGCACUGUGCGGGAUCGCAUUGCACCGUAAAUUUUUCUUGUCGCCGCUAGACAACUUUUGUGCACAAUUGCGCACUGUGCAGACAUGUGACCGCCUUGCGUAAAAAAACAAGGUUUUCCCAUAAAAAAAUUUAGGGGAUAAAGGUAAAAAAUAAUUUGCUCUAUUUCCAGUACAUAGACCCAAUUUCUCGGGUAGCAUCGACCAAAUCUCGGAAUAAAGUUGAUUUAAAUGUGAUAGAUGAAGAUGCCUACGUUCGAGCACACGAAAGAAUCCGAGAAUGGGCCGAACGAAGUGGUCGAAGUGAACCAGUCAGGCAAUUGGAGGUGUCCGCACUGCAAGAAUCAAUGGAUAUUGAACCCAAAAUUGAGAUCAAAGGGCCAGAAGAGAUCCCAGAAGAAGAAGAGGAAUUUGAGGAGAUCGAGGAGGAAUCUUAUGGAAGGAGGACGGGCAGACUCAAGGACUUUAUGUUGCAUGCGGAGAAGAGAAGGGAAGCGUCGAGCAGUGACAGUGAUGACUAUACGAUGGGAAGCGAUGAUCGGAAGAAACCGAAGAGACCUACGGUUAAGGUAUAAUUUAAAACAAAGACGGAAACUUAUGUUUAUCAACCUUGGCAUGUCGUAUUUUUCAAUUACAUAUUUUCACUGAACUACCAUAAGUUCUGUUGCACCGUGUAGUUUUCCAAAAACCAGGAGUGCAACGCUCUUUUCUGCACCGUCAGGGAUGCAUACCGAAAUUGAUAUAGUAACAGGUUUCGAUUUCAAAUUUUACAUGUUGUAAAAUAUGAAGUCAUGAUUUAAAUUUUCAGAAAUCACCACUAAUGAAGCCACAGUCGACCAACUCAUCGCUGAAUCUCUUCGGUCCGCCUCCAUUUCCCAGUAGCCAGGCAUCUGAUUCCAGAAUUUCCAAGAACCGAGCGAAUCGUCGCAGCGAUCAACGCAAGAAUCGUAUCUUUGCCAACUCGUUCAGCAUGGUGGUAAUGGAGCCCCCGUCCUCCUCCUCUCCCUCCAAGGCCUCUUCCGAAGAGCGAGCCCCUUCCCAGUCGGCUUCGGUGCCGGAUCGCCCUCUAAAUUGGAGCCGGCGCCAUGGCCUCGGCCCCAGAAAUAGCAGCGAAUCGGUGAACAACAGUCUGAGCGGGGUAUCCUUGAAGCCUUUCAGCAUUUCAACGCCUCAGGGCUCGCUUAAGCAGUCCAAAACGAUCAAAUUGAAGCGGCCCAAACCCAUCGGGAACUUGCCGCAACGGCCGCCCGUCGACUCGGAUGACGAUGAACAUCUGGCGACGCUUUCAAGGGCCUCCAGCAAGAGCUAUUUAUAA